AUGCCCAUCAACGCAACUCACUGUGCAAUCGUUAGUCUGUGGCUUAAUCAGAUCGGAGACGCUGGGGCUCUUUCCAUCUCGGAAGCACUCCAACAGAAUACGACCUUGCAAAAUCUCAGUCUGGCGGAAAAUCGGAUUGGUUAUGUGGAGGAAACAGUCUUGCGCCACAGUAUCCAUCCAACCUUGGAAUUAUACAUUGUGAAUCAGCGUCGAUCUGGUUCUGUUCGAUGCCAGGAAGUUCGCGUGGUCGUGCUUGGCGAUCCUUCAGUCGGCAAGACCUCGCUUGUUAGGGGAAUCGCCGACGGUUACGUGCGACAGGCGUUCUCCAAUAUAUUCAGUAUUGCCAAUUCCACCGAUGGCAUUGACAUUUCGACAGUCGUUCUUCGUGAGAAAGACGAAUCCAUGAUUUUGAUCGUUUGGGAUUUCGCUGGUCAAGAAGUCUAUCUGGUUUCGCACCAGUUCUUUCUUCGUGAACGAACAGUCUACCUGGUCCUGUUUGACGUGCGUGAAGACUUGUCACUCAAUUCGCGUCUUGCCUUUUGGCUACGCAGCUUGCACGCUUGCGUUCCAAACGCCGAUAUCAUUCUCGUUGGAACCCACAUUGAUCAUCCGUCGUACACUUCGGAGCGGCAACAAGCGCAACGCCAAAAUCUUGCCAAUCUGCUCAGCACCCUGAAAGAAUCAAGUGUUUCGUUUAACGUGCGUUCGACCGUCUACAUCAACGCGCGGAACUCUACGGGGGCCCCGAGCAUGCCCGACCUCAAGACUGCAUUGUUUCAAGCCGGACAAAAGAUGCCAUUUUACAACCAACCGCUGGAUAGCCGAUAUCUUGAGCUCAGAGACUCUCUACGAAAGCGAGCCGAUCAGUUGGUCGCCCAAAACAAACCACCCCUCUGUCGAUGGCAUGAAGUUGUCGAGCUUGGCCAGUCGCACGAUCUUACCGAGCAGGCAAUCGAUGCAUUCAUGGAGCUCUUGCGUUUUCAAGGCUGGGUCGUUUUCCAUCGUCUCGCCAAUUCAGCGACCCCAGACACGUCCAAUGUUCCCGCGCUGCAACCUGCCACUCUCCUCGCUUCGAUGAACGACAUUGUCAUCUUGAGCCCUCAAUGGUUCACGAAAACAGUCCUGACUGGAGUUAUUACCCAGAAGCCUAAAGAUCGAUGGGUCAAGGAUGGUAUCGUGACUCGCAAGGAUCUGCUUCGAAACGCUUGGAAGGGCAUCGAUUCUGCGAUCUGCGAUCAGUUUGUGCUGCUCCUUCAGCGAUACGAGCUCUUAUGGUCUCUGAAGCCUGCAGCGGGCGAGCCACAUGAAGUUGCUAUUGUGAUGGAGACCAAGUUUUUGCUGGAGGGAUUUUUCUCGAGGCUGGUUGUGCGCUUUCACGAGCGGAAUUUCCACUUGACGGCGUGGCGAGAUGCUGUUCUGGUCAAUUACGGCGGUCCUCGAGCACUACUGCGUGUUCAUCGCAACGCUUCCAAUGUGCGCCUCGAGUUUACCGCUCGCGGGAAGCAUCCAGAGAGGCUGCUUCCAGCUCUGAUUGAGAUACUGGACAAGCUCAGCGCGGAUUGGUAUCCUGGAAUCUCGUGGAAAACCUACCUGCGCUGCCCCAUGCACGAGCCUAAUGACAAACCAUGCCUGUGGACACUACGACCUCAAGUUCGGGAUGCGGUUAUCAACGAUGAGCAACCUUUAUCUUGUUCGCACACGCACAUCACGUUUCCAAAGGAGGAAUGGCUUCCAGUUCUCCACUCGCUUUUGCAGCGUCGCUUGAACGCUGUUUCGCAACCUACGCCGGAGGAUGUCGAAGCGCUCCGGCAACUCAAGCAGCAACAAGCACCGGCGAGCGAGAUCCAAACAGCAGCGACGGAAGCUGCAUUACUUGUCGCAGCACAACUGCAAACGCAGCUUCAAGCUUUUGCGACUACCAAUGCGCAACAUUUUACCAACUUUGCGACCGAAGCAGCGAAGAACUUGAAGAGUUUCCAGGACGCUCUGGAUGUUCUUAUUGGAUCAAUUCCAAAUGUGGUCAAAACCAAUUCUGUCGAGUUCGACAAAGUUCUGAAGCGCAUUGAUGAGCUUGCCGACAGCUUGAUUUCGCGGCUGGACAUUGCAGAAUCUUUGCAAAAGAAGCAAAGAAACGAAAUCGCUCGUUUUUUCAUGAGUCACGUCCAAAUGCAGCUGGACUUGCUGGACAGUCCAUGCCCGUUGUUGUUUGUCGUGAUGCCUCCGGCUGCGACCCGGAACUGGUUUUCCAAGCUCAAAGAACUUUACAAGUCACGCCACACUGCGCACCUGCUAUGCGCUCACAUGGGUACCAACAACCAGCCCGAGUGGCAUCGUAUUGACAGUCAUCCCGGCUACGAAAUUGCCAAGUUUUCAAAGUGGCUGAAAAAGUAUGGUUCUCGUGUUCGCAGCCUGCUUGAGUUUGUGCGUCCGUUCUUGAAAGCAGCCAACUUGGCUCCUGGUGGACCAGAUGUAACGGAUGCGGUUGAUUCAGCCAUUACUGCUUUGGAAGACCCGCUCGAGGCUCUGCCCUACUUGCAAAGCUUGCUCGACCACGCCGAUCAGAAAAAGGGUUCCAGCGCGAAGGGAAAGCAACCAGCGCCUGCAUCUGCUACUUCCUCAGAAGUCACACACUCGUCCCAAGAGGCAGCAAGGGAAUGGGCUGCGUUCCUGUCCAAGAAAGACGAGUACAAGUCCUUUGCCGGUUUGGAGCGAGCUGUUGUGCUCAGUACGGGUGACGUUCGUUGGGUGUGUCCGAAGCAUGCGCAAGAGUCCAUCUAUCGCACCAGCUCCAUUUCGAGCAGUUCGUCCGCCGGCUCCUCUAGCAAUGCGCCAAGCAGGCCAAGCAGCUCUUCCAAUGGCAACGUUGCUAGCAGCUCGUCCAGUGGCACCGCUACAAGCAGUUCCUCCGCGCCAUCCACUUCAACACUGUGAUGCAGGCACGUCGUGUUUUGUUUUCACUCGCCGUCAAGAUUGU